AUGUCCAACUAUCUCCUUGCGAUAAUCCAGCUCAAAGAUCAGGUUGAUCAUUCAGAAUCUGCUGCAGCGGACAAGGUCUUGGAUCGGGUCUCCUUCGGGGGCCUUCAGCGCACUCAGGGCGUUGGAGCCCCCGAUGUGGAUUCAGUGCUAGGCAUGUCCGCGCUGCACUGCACUGCCAUGUCUCGUUUUGACUGGAUCAGUGCAGCUACAUAG